AUGGCAUCUCCUUUGCAGUUCGCAUAUCGGACCCAGAAGACCAUUGGCGUCUUUGACGCCGCCCCGGUCUACGAGCCUCUCGCCGGCUUCGUCAAGCCUGAGGGGAAUCUGCGGUGCAGCGUGUACUCGCCCUGCGGCCGUUUCUUUGGCUGGGCCUCUCAGGAAACCGUGACUGUUGUCGACACCUCGACUGGUAGCGUUCUUCUCGAAUUGCCCAUCACCAACGUCUACGAGCUUGCUUUCUCCCCCCUCGGUACCUUUGUCAUCACCUGGGAACGGCCAGGCAAGGAUGAGGCUGGUGACGCCACCAAGAACCUCAAGAUCUGGCGGACCGUCGAGGACGGCGUCGCUGCAUCCGACAAGCAACCCAUCGGGCGCUUUGUCCAGAAGCAGCAGGACAGCUGGAACCUCCAGUACACGGCCGAUGAGAAGCACUGUGCUCGACUGGUCACGAACGAAGUCCAGUUCUACCAGAGCCACGACCUCGUCACCGUCUGUAACAAGCUGAGGGUCGAGGGGGCCGUCAACUUCGCCCUUGCACCGGGGAGCGAGAACCACGCCGUGGCCGUAUUCGUUCCCGAGAGAAAGGGCCAACCAGCCGUUGUUAAGGUGUACAACGUCCCGCUCUUCCAGAACCCCAUCUCGCAAAAGACGUUCUUCAAGGGCGACAAGGUCCAGUUCAAGUGGAACAAGCGUGGCUCCUCUCUGCUCGUGCUGGCCCAGACGGAUGUCGAUAGGUCUGGCAAGAGCUACUACGGGGAGACCACCCUGUAUCUGCUCAGCACCAACGGCGCCUUUGACGCUCGCGUGACCCUCGACAAAGAAGGCCCGAUCCAUGAUGUGUCUUGGUCGCCCAACUCUCGCGAGUUCGGUGUCGUCUACGGCUAUAUGCCAGCCAAGGCUACCAUCUUCAACGACCGAGCUGUCGCCAAGUACUCAUUUCCCCUGAGCCCGCGCAACACCGUCACGUUCUCCCCCAAUGCUCGCUUUGUCCUCGUUGCUGGGUUUGGCAACUUGGCUGGUCAGAUCGAUGUGCAUGAUCUCGAAAAGGACUAUCGCAAGGUCUGCACCAUUGAAAGUGGCAACCCCAGCGUGUGCGAGUGGAGCCCUGACAGUCGCUACAUCAUGACGGCCACAACCUCUCCGCGUCUCCGUGUCGACAAUGGCGUAAAGCUUUGGCAUGUUGGGGGUAGCAUCAUGUAUAACGAAGAUAUGGUCGAGUUGUACAACGUCAUGUGGCGACCCUCGGCUCCUGAGAAUGUGACGGGCGGCGAUCCGCUCAACCCCGUGCCUUGUCCUCACAGCUCUGCUGCCGCUUACCUUGGUACCGUCAAGACGCCCAGCAAACCUGCCGGGGCCUACAGGCCCCCCGGCGCCAGGGGUCUCGCCACGCCUCUUCACUUCAAGCGUGAAGACGAGGGUGGCACGGCGCAUGUCGUGAGCAACGGAACGCCCAGCGUCGGCCCCAACGGCUUCGGUCGUCCUCGCCGUGGAGUUCCCGGUGCCGAGCCCGCCGAACCGUCGCAGCCCGCGUCCAGGAUGGUACCUGGCGCUGAGCCGGUGGGCGAAGACGGCGCCAAGAAGAGUAAGAAGAAGCGUGGCAAGAAGAACAACCAGGACGGGCGGUCCGACGCGGAGCCCAACGGCGGUGCUAGCCUUGCCCCCUACGACAGCCGUGCUCCCGGCUCCGGCAGAAGCCCUGAAAGACGUGGCCCUGCUAAUGGCAAUGGUCGGGAUCACCGAAGCCCUGCCACUGGCAACGACCGAGAUUACAGAAGCCGAUCCCGGAACAAUGGCGGUAGCGGCGGCGGCAGCAGCAACACCCAGCAUGGCCAGCGUCUUAGCCCCGGCCACCAGAACAACUACUCGGCACAUCAGCAAGGCGGCGUGGCUGUUGCCAGCCCCGCGGUUGACCCUGGCCAAAGUGCCAACGCCAAGAAGAUUCGCAGCCUUCAGAAGAAGAUUCGUGCAAUUGAGGACCUGGAAAUGCGACUGGCUGGCGGAGAGAAGCUUGAAGAUACACAGGUCAAGAAGAUCAACACCAAGCCGGCCGUGUUGAGAGAGCUCGAGGGCUUGGAAAAUGAGGUUUAA